UUUCCCCCCCCCCCCCUUCUCGCCGCCUUUGCUGCAACUAAGACGCUAAGUUGAGGCCUGCAUAUCGUCGCCGGCCUUAUCCUGCAUAUAGGCACUUUGGACGCCAUUGGGCCUAUCACGCAGUUGUUCCCCUCCUGCCGCCUUGGACAAUAAGCCGACUGACUAUAACAACCUUACAUACCCCGGCUUUGGGUCCUGUUCGCCACCAUGGCCUCCGAUACCAAGUUUGACCAACACCUAGAAGAGGGAUUGCUGCCUGCCGCUGCCAACGAAAAGGGGAUUUCAACUUCGAGGCCAACCAGGACCUCAAACAACAACAAGAUGACUGCCGCCCGCCGUGUCCUGCUUAUCGUCCUGGCGUGCGGCCUCAUGACCCUCGGUCUCGCCUCCGUCAUCGGUCACCGGGUGAAGCCCUGCACAAGAGAUCACCAGAAGCAGGUCCUCCUUGAUGGCGGAGAAGCCCAGGACCCCGCCCAAGUGGAUCUCAUUCACCGGUUGCUGCAUGCCUAUUUCCCUGACCGCUACCAGGAUGGGGUCUAUCCCUCGGACAAGGACGCCAUCGCUGCCUUCGAAGCGGGUGAUGUCGAGCUAGCCUCUGCUCUGGACCAGCUGGCGAAGCGUCAGGAGAAUGGCACAACCACUGCUCCAUCUGCCACCGCAACGCCUUCGGACACUGUUGCAGCAUCCCCGUCCGUCUCGUCGGCACCGCCCACAAGCGAGACCCCAGCCCCGACUCCGACUCCUACCCCGACUCCGACUCCGACUCCUACCCCAACUCCUACGCCGUCGCCAUCGCCGUCCACUCCGGCAACUAGCCCCGCCCCUACCCCGGACACUAGAGUCUCUUCCACCCCGGUGCAGCCCAACACUCAGCAACAGACCACUCAGUCACCCGAACCCGCACCUACCACCCCUUCGACUCCGGCAACGUCAGCAGCAGCACCUCCUACUUCUGGUACGUCUCAAACGGAGCAAGCCGAGGCUCCCUCUUCUACUGUUGGGCCGUCUCCUGCCUCUACUGAGUCUCCUCCGACGACCAGUGGGUCUCCUUCCUCUUCUUCUCCCCCUCCCUCUUCUACUGCCCUCUCAUCCGCUCCCACUACGGCCUCUCCGGGGUCCUCGAGUGCGUCCACGCAGGAAACCCCUCAGCCAUCUACCGUCACUCGUGCCACUCCCCGGACGACCUCCUUCAGCGAGGUCCUGGCCACUUUUACGUCGACCGCCUCCAACGGCGACGUUGUGCUCUACACAAUGACGUCUUUUGUCGCCGUGGACCCGGAAGCGACCGGCGAGCCUACCGGAUCUGGCAGCAGCAGUGGCGGCGGCCUGCAGAACGGUGCCUCUCCCCUCGGCGGUGUUUCGUUCUCUUUGCCCUUCUACUUUGCCGGUUUCGUCGCCGGCGCCAUGCUCUUGCUAUAAAGCAGUCGAGCGUCAUUUCUGGCACUGUCAUCCCUGUUUGACAUAAAACAAUCGUUCAUUCCUUUCGCUCUGGUAUUUUCGGCACACGGCAGCGGGCAGCGGCACAUACAUAUCCACACAUCAGCAUCACUUACUCACGACAUUCACGGUCUUUUUCGCUCCUUGCAUCAACUGGUGGACGACACAGCACACAUAACAUCGUACAUAGACUUUGCGCGGCAACGAGCCGCACUUUUGCGCGAAUAAUAGACAUUGGAGGCAUCACAAAAGAAAUAGUAGCAUGGCCUCGGAGCGGCGGAAGGGAGGAAACAGGUAUCACGGUAGCACCUGAAGUAAUCGUUGGCAGACGAAAGCAAAGCAAACAAACAAAUAAUGAU